GUUUGUGUCUUAUCUCUGUAAGGAGGUAGCAUGAGUGGGCUGGGUUUGUCCUCUGCUUUAUAAGUGACUGGUAGCCUGUGCUGUGGGUCUCACUCUCUGUAUCAAAAGGGGGGAGGGGAAAUUAAGGUGACUUGGGGACCCCCUGGUGGGAUUUGUGCAGGCAAAAUGAGGACAGUGUUUCUGAGUCUCCUUUUGGUGACUAAUGCAGUUGCCCUUGACAGCAGCCUAAGUCCUGGUAACUACACUAAGGAUGAAGCGGGAGCUCAUCUAUUUGCAGCUGCUUACAACAGCAGCGCUGAAAUUGUGAUCGCUAAGAGUGUGGAAGCCAGCUGGGAAUACAACACCAACCUGACUGAAUACAAUUCUCAUAAACAGAUUAAUGCCUCUCUGGAGGAGCAGGAAUUCAAUGAAGCAUGGGGGGUUAAGGCCAAAGAAUUGUUUGAUCCCUUCUGGGAGAAUUUCACUGAUCCUGAUCUUAAGAGAAUCAUCCGGUCAAUCCGAUCUCUGGGAGCAUCCAACCUGCCCUUACCAGAACGUAAAGAGUUCAACACCAUUCUUAGCCAGAUGGACGAAAUCUACUCAACAGCCAAAGUGUGUCCUCCCAACCAGAGCACCAACUGCUGGUCCUUAGACCCACACCUGACAGACAUUUUGGCCACAUCACGGAGUUAUAAGAAGCUUUUGUAUGCCUGGGAGGGUUGGCAUAACUCUGCAGGGGUGCCACUGCGGGAGAAGUAUGAGAAAUUUGUGACGCUCAGCAACAAGGCGCACAGUAUGGAUGGUUACAAGGACACGGGUGCUUACUGGCGCUCCUGGUAUGACUCUCCCACCUUUGAGGAUGACCUGGAAAAUCUGUACAAACAACUUGAGCCCUUGUACCUCAAUCUGCACGCCUUUGUCCGCAGGAAGCUAUAUGAGAGAUAUGGAGCCAAGUAUGUUAACCUGAAAGGCCCUAUCCCAGCACAUCUAUUGGGUAAUAUGUGGUCACAGCAGUGGAACAAUAUCUACGACAUGAUGAUCCCUUUUCCCAACAAGACGAAUGUGGAUGUUACCAAUACAAUGAGAGAAAAGGGUUGGAAUGCUACACAUAUGUUCAGAGUUUCUGAGGAGUUCUUCACCUCACUAGGUCUUUUGGAGAUGCCACCCCCGUUCUGGGAAAAAUCAAUGCUGGAGAAACCCACUGAUGGGCGAGAGGUUGUGUGCCACGCGUCUGCCUGGGACUUCUAUAACAAAAAGGAUUUUAGGAUAAAGCAAUGUACUACAGUCACUAUGGAGCAGCUCUUCACUGUUCACCAUGAGAUGGGUCACAUAGAGUAUUAUCUUCAGUACAAGGACCUGCCCGUUUCAUUCCGUCGUGGUGCAAAUCCAGGAUUCCAUGAGGCUAUAGGAGAUGUGCUGUCACUCUCAGUAUCUACCCCAGGCCAUCUGCAAAAGAUAGGCUUACUAGAAUCAGUAACAAAUGACCCAGAGAGUGAUUUAAAUUACUUGCUGAAGAUGGCUCUGGAGAAGAUUGCUUUCCUUCCCUUUGGAUACCUCAUUGACCAGUGGCGGUGGAAUGUUUUUAAUGGACGCACACCACCAAGUAGAUACAAUUAUGACUGGUGGUACCUCAGAACUAAAUAUCAAGGAAUCUGCCCACCAGUGCCACGAGAUGAGACUAAGUUUGAUCCUGGAGCAAAAUAUCACAUUCCUGGCAACACCCCCUACAUCAGGUACUUUGUGAGCUUUGUGCUGCAGUUCCAGUUUCACAAGGCACUUUGCACAGCAGCCGGCCACAAAGGUACCCUCCAUACCUGUGAUAUCUACAAAUCUGCAGAGGCUGGAAAACUGCUUGGGGAUGUUCUACGUCAAGGCUCCUCUAAGUACUGGCAGGAAAUUCUAAAGACCAUGACAAACACAGAUAAAAUGGAUGUUGGUCCCUUACUGGAAUACUUCAAACCUGUCACUGAUUGGUUAAUAGUACAAAACCAAAACAAUAAUGAGACCCUUGGUUGGCCUGAAUUUGAAUGGCAACCACCCAUUCCUGAAGGAUACCCAGGAGAUAUUGAUAAAAUUGCUAACGAGAAAGAGGCAGAAGAAUUCCUCAAUAACUAUACAAGGACAGCAGAGGUGGUGUGGAACACAUACACAGAGUCAUCGUGGAGUUAUAACACCGACAUAACUGAACACAACAAGCAGAUCAUGCUGGAGAAAAGCCUAGCUAUGUCAGCUCACACUCUGGAGAAUGGGCUUAAAGCAAGACAGUUUGACUACACUGAUUUCCAGAACCCAGAGAUUAAACGACUUCUGAAAAAACUUAGUGACAUUGAUAAAGCUGCAUUACCUGAGAGUGAGCUGAAAGAGCUCAACCAAAUUAUGUCAGAUAUGGAAACCAUAUACAGUGUGGCCAAGGUUUGCAAUGGCUCUGUUUGCCAUCCCCUGGAUCCAGAUCUAACAGAAAUUUUGGCCAAAUCCCGAGACUAUAAUGAACUGCUGUUUGUCUGGAAAGGCUGGAGAGAUUCUUCUGGCAAACAAAUACGAGAGAAAUAUAAAAGAUAUGUGGAGCUGAGCAAUCGUGCUGCACAACUAAAUGGUUAUUCUGAUAAUGGAGCAUUCUGGAGAUCCUGGUAUGAAACACCCACACUUGAAAGUGACUUGGAAAAAAUUUAUAAUGAACUCCAACCACUCUACCUCAAUUUGCAUGCAUUUGUGCGUAGAGCCCUCUAUAAGAAAUAUGGUGGAGGGAAGAUUAAUCUACGGGGGCCCAUUCCUGCCCAUCUACUCGGUAAUAUGUGGGCACAGUCCUGGUCUAACAUAUUUGACCUUGUUGUUCCAUUUCCUAAUGCUGCACAAGUUGACGCUACACCAGCUAUGGUAGCUCAGAAAUGGAAUGCAACAAGGAUGUUUCAGGAAUCCGAUAGCUUCUUUACUUCCCUUGGACUUAUUCCCAUGCCACAAGAAUUUUGGGACAAAUCCAUGAUAGAGAAACCAAAAGAUAGGGAAGUAGUGUGCCAUGCAUCGGCCUGGGACUUCUACAACCGCAAAGACUUCAGGAUAAAGCAAUGCACAGUGGUUACAAUGGAUGACCUUAUCACUGUCCACCACGAGAUGGGACAUGUGGAAUACUUCCUUCAGUACAAGGAUCAGCCUUUAUCCUUCAGAGAUGGAGCAAACCCUGGUUUCCAUGAAGCUAUUGGGGAUGUACUGGCCUUGUCCGUCUCCACGCCAAAGCAUCUCCAGAGCAUUGGCCUGCUGAAAACAGUACAGGACAACACAGAAAGUGAUAUUAAUUAUCUAUUGAGUGUUGCUCUGGAUAAAAUUGCCUUUUUGCCCUUUGGUUACCUGAUGGACCAGUGGCGCUGGAAAGUAUUUGAUGGAAGAUUCCCAGAAUCUGAGUAUAACCAGCAGUGGUGGAACCUUAGGCUGAAAUAUCAGGGAUUAUGCCCACCAGUCCCGAGAUCUGAAAAUGAUUUUGAUCCAGGAGCAAAGUUUCACAUUCCAGCCAGUGUACCCUACAUCAGGUACUUUGUCAGUUUUGUGAUUCAGUUCCAGUUCCAUGAGGCUCUAUGUAAUGCAGCAAAACAAGUGGGUCCUUUAUACAAAUGUGAUAUCUACCAGUCUAAAGAAGCAGGGAAAUUGCUUGGAGAUGCCAUGAAGCUGGGCAGCAGCAAACCUUGGCCUGAUACCAUGGAGGUUAUAACAGGGCAGCGUAACAUGUCAGCUCAUGCUCUUCUCAAAUACUUUGAACCCCUCACUAACUGGCUUAUUGAACAGAACACCAAGAACGGCGAUAUACUUGGCUGGCCUGAAUACAACUGGAAUCCAGAUUCAUCUGGCCAGGAAACACCAAACCCAACAGAAAAACCAAACCAACCAGAAACACAAAAGCCAACAGAAGCAGCAAAAAUCAUGUUCCUGGGGUUGUCACUGAGCCAAGGGCAAGCAACUGCUGGUCAAUGGGUCCUCCUGGUGAUUAGUAUACUAUUUGUCCUUGCUACCUUAUUUCUGGGUUUCAAGUACUACAACAACAAACGCAGGGCCAAUAAGUCCUCUUCAGAACUCGAACUGAAAUAAUAUCUGAGUGAAAGAAUGACUUCCGUAAUGGGAGGAUCUUGUCAUGCAUAAUGGACACUCUGUGAGUUUCAUCAGGGCCAAAAUUUCUUGAUGACUAUGCAAAGAUCUUAAACUGUGGAAUAUCAAUUCACUAGCGCCUUCAAUGCCGCCUUUUAAAAGAUGAUCUAGCUAUUAAUCAGGUGCUGAUGGGAAGGGAGGGAGUAUUAGGAACAUGGAAAAGAUUGAAAAUAUGUUAUGGAAACUUUAACAUUUUUACUCCAGCAAUGGGAGAAAUAAAAGGUGUUGUAUGUAAAA